GUGAACAUGAACCAUGUUUGCGCGUUCAGGUACUAGUCAGGCAAAGUUCGUGAAGUGGGAUACUUAUCGGUGUUAAGAUUUUAGCGUCGGAGAUACCACAUUAUCGUGCGUUCCGCACUCGGUCGUUCUUUCACUUUCAUGAUGCUCUAGCCAUAACGACUCCGCAUCGGCACUGCGAGCGUUUCCAGGCACAUAGUCAUAAGAACAAAUAUGCUAGAGCGAUAACAAAGCUUAGGAUUUGAUUGUAAUGCCGCCACCAUGGACCGUUACCUCAACCACUAUCUUAGGGAGCUUGGCCGUAGCGCGCUCAUUGUCACGAAAGGCUUCUUCAUUAUACACGCAUUCUCCUCCUACAUCGGCGGCGUAGGCGCUACUAGCGGAAUCUCGAUGACUCCUACAAUUUCUUACGAUUACCGAUCUCAACCGUAUAUUCUUUACUCCUCGCUCCAUCGCCGUAUGCGUAACCUGCACGUUGGCGAUGUCAUAACUUACACCCACCCUAUCUUGCCGCAACUGAGCGGGUGUAAGCGCAUCAUCGGAAUGCCAGGCGACUUCGUCAGUGUAGUUACGCCUGGGCGCCGUGACUCUGAUUUGAGUGCAGUAGAUGUCGAAGGCAAAUGGGCGAGCGUGAGAGAAGAACUGAUAAGGGUACCUGAGGGGCAUUGCUGGAUACAAGGAGAUAAUCUGGAAUGGAGCCGGGAUAGUAGAUCGUUUGGGCCAUUGCCAUUGGGGUUGGUCAAGGCGAAAGUGCUGGCUGUUAUACUGCCGUUCGAGGAUGCCAAAUGGCUUGGAAGUGAGCGUGAUGUCAUGGACCCGCAAGAGGGUGAAAGAGAGUGGGUGAUGAAGUAAAGGAUUGGAUGGCAUUGAAGUCACGACAGAUUCGAUCCAGGCUCUGCGACGGCUUCCAAGAUUCCCCCUUGCUUGAUUGGAGGAUGAUGAUGUUCGAGCUUGCGUUUAUGUGAAGCUACGUCGCAGUCCAUCAGGGUCUUUAUAACCUGCGUAGCCGAUAAAUAACACGAAAAUGUGAAAUUUGUCACCAUCUCAGAACCUGCACACUACCAGAUGGCGU